AUUUUUUCUCCGAACGUAACACUAUUUUUAUCCGAGCCAAUUAUCCCUAUAAAAACGUAACGCUAUGUCAACUGUCACUCUCAGUUGUUUGGUCGUAGGAGAAAACCCUUAUGAAAAUGCUUUCAACGUAAAAGUUAAUAAAACAGAGGCGGUUAGUGAACUCAAGGACGCUAUCAAGGAAAAAAUUGAUGAUAAUGUUAAGGCAAAAGACCUCAAGCUAUGGAAGGUCGACAUUUCCUUCGAAGAAGAAAACGAAAAACUUAAGCUCGUCAACACAAAAGUAAACGUUAAUAUCAAGGAGGAGCUUGGUGGCGUGGAACUACUUCCACUUUCGAAGAUUAGCAAACACUUUCCUUCCCAACCAGCCGACGAGCACAUACAUAUAAUCGUACAGCGUCCUGUUGAAACGAAAGAAGUCCACUGUACCGCAACGUAUGGGCGUAAGAGUGCGAAUUUUCAAUGGACAGUGACCCGAGAAACGGUGACGUUGGAAGGUUUUAAGAAGAAGCUUUGUGAAUAUUUAACCUUUCCGGAUGGGACAGAGAACGAGCACAUCGUAAUAAGUCGUGUGAUAGGUGGCGCUGGUUUGAAGAGAAAAAUUUCGACAGGUAAAAUGCGUAGAAAAUCAGAUUCAAGUUCCCAGAGUUCAACGGUAGAAAGUGAUACGGUUGAGAUCGUGACAGAGCGUAAAGUUAUUCAGUUUUCUGCCGAUGAGGACUUAAUGAGUAUUAUCUGGACUACUAACCCCAAGGUGGAUCUGGAAAUUGUUGUGGAUACGUCGCAACAACCUUUCUCUUCGUAUACUUUCCCAAAGAUGAAGGCAGUCUUCGGCUUGAAGGCAGAUGAUUAUAACGGAUUAUCAAUUUUUGAUGGAGGUGUCAAGGAUACUCCGAAAGAGAUUCGAAGUUUGGUUAUAGAAGAAUUAUUGAGAUUACACAAAACAUCCCAACACAUCACUAGCGCCAAUGAAGCCACUCGUUGCGAGUUUAUUUCUCGUAUUAUUUACGGUGUUGCAUCAAUCUUUGAUGGUGAGGUGAAAGUCUAUCCCCAAUACGAAAUUUCUGGAAGCCAUGGCAAAGGACCAGUUGAUUGUGUCAUAAAAGUGGGAAAUACAAUCAUCACAGUUACCGAGGCGAAAAAAGAGGACAUCAAUCAAGGUAUUGCACAGAAUGCAGUCCAACUGCAGACAUCCAUCCAGCGCAAUCCUAAAAAACGUAGUUACGAUACAGCAGGUUUACAUUAUGUUAUGCGCAGUAAGACGUCAUUGAAUUACCAGUAGAUCCUGCUUCUAUUGGUUGGAAGUGUGAAGAGUCUUCACGAUUAUCAUAUGACACAGCAUGUAUUUAGGGAAAAAACUAGAAUAGAUGAAUAUCGUUCGAAAAAAUAAUCGUGUAUAAUAAAUAGUCUAAAGUUAUAGAAUGGCAUCAUAUACUCAGGGCUAGCCCCACAUCAUGCAAUUUAUUUUAUCUUAAUGUAUUGCAAAUAAAAAACGUUUAGGCC